AUGGAUGCUCCUAAUUCUCACUAUGUUCCUAAACCACCCUGGGCUCCACAAACAAUUAAAUUUCACACAGACACUCUUCCAACCUCUAAAGCACUCUGCACAAAAGAGAUUUUGAAUAAUGUAAGGCAUCUCAUAGACUCUCUACAUCAGCCACAAAACCUCAUCUUCACGGACGGAUCUAUUGACCAAUCCUCAGGCAAGGCUGGUGCAGCAAUGGUAACGGACACCACAUCCAUAGCUCACCGACUUUCCAACGGCGCCUCCAUACUUCAGGCAGAACUAUAUGCCAUUAAACUAGCCCUCACGUAUGCUCUCACCACCGAGCACACAAUUAUCCACAUACUAACAGACUCCCUCUCAGCAGUAUAUGCCCUACAGAAAACUCACCAUCUUGACAAUGUACAUUUACUCACCACCAUCCUCUUUAAAUUAACUCAACUUGAAAAUCAAGGCAAAUCCAUCACCUUCCGCUGGAUUCCAAGUCACGUCAACAUUCUUGGAAAUGACCAGGCAGAUCUUGCCGCCAAACAGAGCCUCAGCCAAGAUCACACCACUCACGUCUCUACAAGCCUAAGUCAGCUAAAAAGAACCUUACGUAAGACCACAUUUGAAGUUCUACACAUUGAACAUCGGGCUUGGGUACACGCUGGCUCUCCCUCUGCCCUGUGGUACAAGCUGGUCACUGACUACAACCCACCCUUUGCCACUGCGACUAGCCGCCAAUCUGCAGCCAUAUUCCACAGACUGCGGAUGGGUUACCGCUGCAAUUGGGAGAUAGAUCUCAGAACACCUAAAGCAUGCCAGCACUGUGACACUGUCACAAAUGAACCACUGCUCCACUAUAUUUUAGACUGUACACAUAUUCGUCAUCUACGUUCCCCAACCUACAUCAGCAGCGAUAGAAGAGACCACAGUGAAAACCUCAGGCUAGCUGCAAACUGUCUCAGGGAGAUGUUUGAAACACCAGAUGCCUUUACAGCCAAUCCACCACCAAGAUAA